ACAGCACUGUAAUCCCUCCCCAGGAGCAGAGUGCGCACUGGGAGCCCGGGCUGCUAAAUGCUCCGGCUUCAGAGGGACGAUGGUGGAGGGCUGGUAAAGAUGGCGGCUCUCUCCGAGGAUGGGAGGUACGGAUUAAACUGUGGCCAACAGGGCGCCGAAAGAGUCUCCGUGCUGCACGUCAAGUUGACGGAGACGGCGCUGAGAGCCAUAGAGAACUACCAAAGCAGUGCGAAUGUACCGUCUUUGAGGCCAACAGUGCAAUUCAAGGGACUCCAAGGGCACAUCAAAAUCCCCAAGACUGACUCCUCGGACAAAUUCCAGAAUUUCGAUUUCUACCUGUCUAACGUGGGAAAGGACAACCCUCAGGGAAGCUUUGAGUGCAUCCACCAGUAUGUGUCGAGCUCAGGGGCCUCACACCUGGCAUUGUUGGCGACCGUUCAGGACAAGCUCACCGUGUGCGCCACCAAUGACUCCUACCAGGUGACCCGGGAGCGUAUGACCCAGGCCGUGGAGGACACGCGUGAACGGGGGACCAAGGUCAUCAAGCCCGGGGGCCAGUACCGAGGGAAGCAGGUGCACACUCGUAAACCAGCAUUAUCGGCCCCGGAUGUAGUCCCAGAGCGCAAACGCUCCACUCCUAUCAACCCAGCUAACACUAUACGCAAGUGCCUUUCCAACAACCCCGUAUCUCAGAAGCCCCUCCGGGACCGCAUCAUCCACCUGCUGGCGCUGAAAUCGUACAAGAAGCUGGAAGUCCUGGGCCGUCUGCAGCGGGACGGUAUCAACCAGAAGGGCCGAAACUCACUGGGGACCACCCUGCAACAAGUGGCCAACCUGAAUCCCAAAGACAACACAUAUACAUUAAAGGAGUUUAUCUAUCGCGAUGUUCAGCGAGACUGGCCGGGCUAUUCCGAGGAUGAGAAGAUUCAAAUUGAUCGGUUGCUAGCUCGCAAAUUAGGCCUUCCUACUGAGAGAGUUUCAUCAAACAGUUCACCUAAAGACGGUUUCCCUUCAUCCCCACCGAAGCGCCAGCCAGACUUUGACUUCAUCGACCCUUUGGCUCCCAAGAAAGCCCGCAUCUCUCACCUCAGCAGUCGAGGGCCGGCAGCGUCUUCCUCUGACCGCCGCGAGGAGGAGAGCAGCCCCAGCUCCAAGCACUCGUCCCUGCCCCCCACCGUUACCUCAGGGCCCCCCAGCCAUCUCCCCGUGUCGUCCCACCCGCCGGCGCCCUCCCAUCAGCAGCUCAGCCCAGCCUCCAACUCCAACUCCCCCAGCACCCCAGAAGGCUGCGGCACUCAGGACCUGCCCAUGGACCAGAGCUCGUCCUGCAGAGACCCUUCGCCUAGCCCGUUUUCCCGCUCCCUGCAGGACCGCUGUCAACACCCGGUCCCCAGAGCGGCCGCCUCUCCCAGCCCGCCCCCCUGCACCUCCCUCACAGUUAACUCCACUGUCAUCACCAGCCCUCCUUUGUCUAGCAAUACAAGUAAGAAAUUCAAGAAGAAAUCCAAGAAGCACAAGGACAAGGACCGCGAGAGGAACAAAGGCAAACGCAGGGAGAAGGCCUGCAGCAGUCCUCCCGUCGUAGCAGAGCAGGCCGAGGAGAAUCAUGGCGUCAAGAAGAGGCCCAGCGCUGAGGAAGUCAUCGAGCAAGCUGUGGAGAAAAAUUCUUUCAAAGAUCAAGUCAAAAAGAAACCAGUCCAGUCCUCUGAAUCUUCUUCCAAAAUUGAGAUGCCCGAUUAUGUAGUGAAGUACACACCGCUGGUGUCUGUCGACCAGAGACAGAGCUACAAAGACGACUUCAACGCAGAAUAUGACGAGUACCGUCAGCUACACGCCCGAGUGGAGAGCAUCACCAGGCGCUUCACUCAGCUCGAUGCCCAGUGUAGGAAGCUGGUUCCUGGCACUAAGGAGCACCAGGUUGUGAAAGUGCAAGAAGAGGUCUUGAAAGAGUACAAAAAGAUGAAACAACACAACCCCAACUACCAUGAAGAGAAACAGCGCUGUGAAUACCUGCACAACAAACUGGCCCACAUCAAGCGACUAAUAGCUGAUUUUGACCAGCGCAGAGCCCAGGCCUGGUGCUGAGACCGCGGCACGGAUCACCGCCGCUGACCAGUAUUGUGAACGGAGUGUCAAACCAGGGUGGGAGUUACUAACCCGCUCUUAUUUAUUUAACGCCUCUUCAGUUCCUGCCCCUAUAUUUUUCACUCUUUUCCUGUUUUCCUUCAUUCCCGCCCUCUUUUCUUUGAUUCCACGGGUUCAUUUAUUGCCUGCAAUAUUGAAAACUCUAUUAUUGUUUUUUUUUUUUUUUUUCCUCCCCAAUCAAUCUGCUCCUGUGGAAUUGAUGCCACUGGAUCAGGAGAAAGGAGCUGCCUGCUUGUGCAUCGAAAUGUGUGAAAACUUCACCUCUAACUUGUGAAGGACUCUUCUUCAGACAAAAAGUAUUUUUGAGCACCAGAGAGAAAAUAUUAACUUGUAUUUAAGUAAAAAGAAGAAAGGGAGAUCUAUUUAUUUUGAGACUCGUAUUGAAAACAAAGACUUAGCAGAUGAUAUAUUCUUUAGUUUUUCUUGAGCAAUGCAAAAAGGAGAAAAAAAAAAGUAUACCACAGGCCUUAUGUGUUGAAUUUGUGAAGCCAUUUUUGCACGCAAAAAAAAAAAAUGCGCGCUUCUCAUCUAGCGGAGAUUUCUCUGCUGCCUCGUUUCCGCCCCUUUCGACCCAAACCGUACUGGGAAAAACCUGCCGUCGAAGCGCAGAGAGGAAAAGGGAAGUAGACGAGGCAGCGAGGAGGGAUCACGUGAGCUUUUAUUGAGAAGCAGCAGAACGUGUGCAUAAGUGGUUAAUUAGUAGUUGUGAAAGGUGGGUGGGGGGGGGGAGGGGGCAAAGGAUCAUGAUCCUGUGACACAUCUGGACAGGGGGCAGUAUUCUUUGCACCAAAUAAAGUUCACAAUGCCUUAUGGCGUUCACAUUUGGGACCGUGGAGUUGGGUCCACCGGCUAUGCAAAGGAACUAGAACUGCCUGUGUGUGUGUGUGUGUGUGUGUGUGUAUGAUGGUGAUUGGAAGGGAUAUGGUGUCCAGAAUAAUUGUGCGAGCGUACGGUUGUGAAUGACGUGGAGAAAAAGUUAGAAACAUGGAGAAGAAGAAGAAGAAAAAAAAAGAAAAAAAGCUGCUAUAGUCUUUUCACCAGCCGGUGCACACAGGGUCAUCCCGGCUGGAGAGACGAUACCGGAUCCUAGAAGAAGAGAUGCAAAAUAUUCUUUUUUUUUUUUUUUUUUCCCCUCCCACAGUGUUUCUUUCUCAACCCUGGAAAGGAUCGCCUCUUAUUACUCCGACGGCGAACAGUCUAUAUUUCAGUUUUUUUUAAAGGAGCCACCUCAUCUGACAAAGGGCCCGUCUAAUUCUUGGGGUUUCCUUGUGUUUUAGUUGUUGAUUCAAGAAGAUUUCAGUUUUUGUAAAUUCCUCUGCGUCGACGCAGACUCGUUUUCACGGAUAGGAAGGCUGGCUUCUGGUCUGUUUUUAUUUCAACAAGGGAAAAGAAAUGUUUACAAACUUGUUAUAAUGUUUGCCAAAGAUUAUAGGCCUUUCCGGUACCGUUUCCAUGGAGGGAAAUUUCUGGCGAACAAGUUCGGUUUCCCAGAAUCAGUCGCCCGUUGAAGAAAAGUUCAGAAAUGUGAAGAGGUAUCUUUUUGACACCGUGGUCUGGGCUCUGUCUUUGCAGCGAUCAGCCUCUUCAAUAAAAUCUGAUGUUGAAGUAUUGUGUGAAUAAGUAAGAGUUUGUCCUUUUACUUUUGAACAUUUUCUCCUUAAAAGAGAAGGAGUAAGUGAUGAAAUGUCUGGGUUCUGGCAUCUUGCCUUAAAAGUCAGUCUCUGCAGCAGACUGGCUGCUAAGGUUUGCUGUCGGAAUCUGUAAAAAAAAAGAAAAAGUAACUCUUUCUGGUUAUUUUCCAAGAGUAUAAGAUUGCAGCAAAAAUUUAAUUUAUUAAAAAAGGUGAAUUUCUUGAGUUUAGAGCAUGCUGAUUAUAUAUCCCCCCCCCCCCCAAAGUCUUGAAGGUGUUGUCCUGUCGCCUGUGUCCUCCUCCGCAGCAUUCCAAGGGUUUCUGUUCUAAUCAGAAAUGUUCUUGUUUGGUUAGAACAACAUGGGAUGGCAUAAUGUGACUUAAUGUAAUAAAGGGGUUUAUUCAGUCUUAAUGAGCAAAAUAAAAUAAAAAAAUAAUCCCACAGCAAAACAAGGAUUUGCAGGGAAUCAAGUGAAUUUGGACUGAAAUGCGUUACCCUUGUGAAAAUGUACAAGACAUUUCAAUAAAAAUUAACUUAGUUUACCUGGAAA